GUCGCGACGCGAAUAUAAACUUGCCGGAAUCGCACUGUUUCCAGGUGUUUCCCCCAAUACGUGUCGGCAAGCGCCCACCAAGGACCACGUUGGUAUCAAAGUCGGGAAGAAGCCCGUUUUAAGCCGAGCAGAGGGGCGUAAGGAAGGAAGUAUGCGGUUGAAGUCCGUGGACGGACCGCUGUCCAUUCAUAAUGGCAACAGCAACGACAUACUAAACUCCCCUAAACGGAUUAACACGCUACAGAACAGCAACGUAACAAAUUUCACUUCGAAUCUCACGACCACAACUGAAUAUGAGGACAUCACCGGACUCACACAACGCGAUAAUGAGACACUAAACAAUAUCAACAGCACCCAAGAGAAAGUGCAAUGGUGCAACCCUUCUCAAAGGACGAAGAAGCGAGAGCUAACCAACAACGCCAACAACAGAAACCAGUUGCUCAAUAUCAACAACACACUGGCUGCUUCCUUAAGGACCACGAGGCUCGGCACCGCCUCUUCCAUCUAUUCGGAGUCCUCGCCAGAUGAUAGUCUUCUAGACUUUGAGGACGUCCAUCAGAGCGUCUCGUCCGCCGACACGUCUCCCCAGGAUGAGGACCGCGGUUUCGAUAUUUCCGACUCCGACUCUUCCGAAGAGAGCAACUUGAGUAAUCGCGGCACAGCGACCCUCCAGCGCAGAGGCAUAGUGAACCCGAACUAUCCCGGCUUUCAGCACCUCGCUCACACACUCGAUUACAGCAUUAAAGCCUCGUCAGACACCGAUUUCACAGACGACGACUUCGAAUGCGAAUCACUAAACACCGCCAAAACCGACGUCAACAACAUCAACAACAACAAUGUGGAAGACACGGAUUAUCCAAUCGAUCACAUCGACAGCGUCAACCGACUAGACAGCGUCGAGAACAUCCAGAAGGUCUUCUACGACAAGCCGGUGUUCAACAUCCAGGAAGAAUGCGGCAACAGAAGCGACUCGGAAACGAGCGGAAACUCCAAUCAAACAAGCGACGAGGACACGGAAAUUAGCGUCGCGCAAAAACUCGAACUCAACAUCAAAACAGAGGAAAACCUCACGCCGAUCAUCGGCGAUUUCGGAAAAGAAGUCGAGCAGGAGUUUGGACGAAUCUCCCUCGAAAACCUCGAACAAGCCGUCGUUCAAGAACUCGACGACACAAUCGAGAAGUUGAACGACGCGAUCAACACGCAACUAUCCCCCAUCAAGUACAACAUCCAGCCAAAUUUCGCGGAACCAAAACUCGAACCCCAGCCUCUAGUCCUAAACGACACCAAAACCGUCAAACUAACAAACAUGCCUUUACUGACUGAAGCCAGACAAUCGGAGCCCGUGAUCAUGAAAACGAAAAUCUGCGACGCUUUCCUCUCAAACGCCCAGGAAGCGAUCGCGUCAAACCUCUUCGAAAAGGACUUGGACUACGCCCGGAAAGACUCCAACCGCGAGCUCGAAGAAAUCGAAUACCAAAUAAAAAAACUCAAGUCCGACAACAAGCACCUCCUCGACGAGCCCGAGAAGUUCAACAAGGAGGACAUCACGAAGGACUACAAGGAGAAGGACGACGACAGUGCGGUGCCCCGGAAGAAGGAAAAAAUCGACUAUUACGUGAAAAAACGAAAAGACUAUAAUCAACAGUUUGGCAGUUUGAUAACGUUCCCGAGGCGCGAAUGCGGCGCCAGAAACCGCGAUGUGCUCAAUAGGAGGUCGGUUCCGAUGGCUAGGGAGAAAAAACGGACCUCGCCGGAAGUUCUAGGCGGUUUCGACGUGUACAACAUCGAGACCGCAAUGCCCAAAAUCGACCUGGAGGCCAUCGAGUCCCACCUGCGAGCCGCUCGCGAGGAGGAACGAAGGAGACGGACCGACCGGGAAGAAAUCCGGCGCCGCCUGGCCAUGGGCUCAGAAGACGACUAUUACACGGACAGGCCCGGGCGGAAACCCAGCCUCCAGGCCCGGCUCCAGAGCGGCAUGAACCUGCAGAUCUGCUUCAUGAACGAGACUGUCUCCGACACCGAAAGCCCCAACUCGGAUAACGAGUGCCCCCUCACUAACCCCAAACAACCAAAGACUUGUCCAAAGACGUCCCCUGAGAAGACUCUGCCCCCGGCAAGGCCGGCCACCCUCUCGCUGGGCCAGCCCCUGCUCCAGCCCGUGACGCAACCCAUGACUGAGACUGAUUUCUUUGCCAGGCAAGCUAGGCUCCAGACGGAGGCCCGGAUGGCCCUGGCUCAGGCCAAGGAGAUGGCCAGGAUGCAGAUGGAGAUUGAGAGGCAGAGACAGAAGAAGAGUCCCAUCACGGAGAUGGUGAGGAAUAGUCUGGAGAAAGUCGGGAUUCCGUUCCCGGAGGAGAAGAGGAGGCUGUCGAGACAGAUUCUGACGGAGAUGAAUGUGGCGCAGCUUCAGGUCAUUGUCAAUGAUCUGCAUACGCAGAUUGAGACGCUCAACGAAAGUCUGGUCAAGUUUUUGAUGGAUAGGGACGAUCUGCAUAUGGAACAGGACUCGAUGCUUGUCGAUAUCGAGGAUCUGACGAGAUAUCUGGGGGCAAAGGAGCAGGUUUUCAAGGAGCAGACUUUGGCCCCGUCGAACAACAACAUCCCACCCCCUUCGCCAGCCCCGUCUUCGCCAUUGGCUGCUCUGAACAGCAGCGUAAAACCCCACUUACAUAGGAUAGCAAGCCUCGUUAAAAAAUAAAUAAAAUUAUUUAAUACUCCCGAAACUGUAAAUAGUUUUGACGGUUGAAUUUUGGCGCAGUGAGGCUUCAAGCGAGUUCAAGCUAAUACGUAAGAUUAUGGAACGUAGCGUUUUUAAAGGUAGCGUCUUUACUCAUGAUGUUAUUUUUGUAAUGAUUUGGUAGUUAAUUAUUUUUAUACUUUUGACAUAUCAAAGUAGUUCAUUUGGAAAGUUUCUCAUAUCGUCGCGUAAAUGUACAUACUUACUACAUAAUUUUAUGUAGAUGUUGAGCUUAUAACUGUAUAAUAUGGUUGUGUUCCUCAAAGUUUCAGAAAUAGUGUUACAAGCUAAUUGAAUUUAUGAUAAUAGAGACAAUAUCAACUUUGCAUGAACUGAUUUUUGUUAAAGUGGGUUACAUCAUGGGCUACUUCAGAGCGAAGUUUUAGAUGGAGUAGUCCACCAUGUAACGACUACGAAAUAUUUAAGAGCCAACUGAAUCUCAAGUUAUAUCACUAGUACUUAUUAGUUAUGAAUAUUGUGAAUUUCGAAAACUUGUGGUCCAGUUUGUUGUUCGGUCAUACCUACUCUUAGACACCAACUGUAAUAUAAAUUGACUGAAGCUUUUUCUGUACAUAUGAAAUUAAUGUAGAGUUAUGAACUUAUCUCUUUAAAUAAGGACGGCUUGGGAGAAGUUGAUGUUAAAAUAUUUUCGAAAGGGUAGUAAACUUGCCAUGUGUAGAUAUUCUAGGUUAUUUUAAGGAUAGCUUCAACCCUUAUUUAAGUAUUUUAAAUUAUUCUUGAUAAUUUUCUAUGCGAGUAUAUGUCAAUGUGCCAUAACGUUACGUUUGCACAGCACAUAUUCAUUUCCUUUGAAGACUGCACUUGUAUCCAAAGACAACUUAAUCUAAUGGAAAUUGUUUCUUGGUAUAAAGAAAUGAUCAUUAUCGAAUGUUAUUUAUUGUAAUACUAAAACUCAAUCAUUGUGAAUACAAAAAGCUUAAAUAAACUACUUGUAAAACAUCA